UGAGGAGGGGUCACACUGUGGGAGGGGAGGUACUGAGGGAGCGUCGCACUGUGGGAGGGGCAGUACUGAGGGCUGCACUGUUGGGGGGCAGUACUGAGGGCUGCACUGUUGGGGGGUAGCAGUGAGACAACACUGACAGGUAGCAGCUGCAAUGUUGCAGUUGUAUCCUUUCAAGGAGAUGGGCAUUGACCUGAGGCCCCGUCUGCCUCAGCAGAUAUCAAAGAUGUCAGGAUGUGAACCCAGAGAACAGCUGGGAUGUUCUGCCUGUGACCAGACACAUCUCAAUGUCCAGACACAUCUCCUGGUCAAAGGUCAAAAAGCUGCAGACGCUGGAAACACUCAGCAGGUCAGGCAGCAUCUGUGGAGAGAGAAACGCUUCAACUGGAUUACUUGUCCUUUGAUUUUUGGCGCAUUUGUUUUCCGUUUCCUGGACGUUGCUCUGUGUAAAUCACUUUCCAGAGUUCCCCACUGCACGAUAGUGGCUGCACACACGAAUACUCUGGUGCCAGGCCUGGAGACAUCGACUGCCCUAGUGCAGAAAGGUCCCGUUGUACAUUCGGAGGAGGCCGAUGGGCGAGGGAGGCUGACGCGAUGCGGGAGCUCUGUUAGCUCAGGCGCUGUGGAACAAAGGAGCUCUUGUUGCAGCGCCUGGGCUGCUUGUCAUAGCAACAGGCUCGUGAUCCGGCGCAAACAGUGAGCCCGGAUACACGGGAGCUGUCAGCAUCCGAAAGCUGCGGCCAGCGGCCGGCCAUGCACCGCGCCUAUGAGCCCGUACUCCCCUGUGGAAGCAAGCUCCUGCAGCAGAGGUGGGAUCUGACCUGUUACCGGGAGCACCGGCGCAAGGUACAAGUGGCUAAAUCAAUGAUUGACAACCAUUCUCCUGAAACCUUCUCUCAUCUUCAGCUGAAAUUUAAGAAGCUCAGGCUUGAGGAAGACCACCUCUCCAACAUAGAGAGAAACAACAAGAAACUGCUGGAAAAGAUGUCAACAAUCAUGAGGACCACUGGGCGAGUUGACAAUAUGAAUCAGUACAAGUCAAACAGUUUGAACAGGGAAAAGCGGCAACGCGAGCUGGAAAGAGUCACUCGUGAGAACCAGGCUAUGCAGGAACGCCUCAAACGGGUCGAGCCACAGUACAACCACCUCAAAUGGCUUGAGGACUGGUACAAGUCUGAGGAACACUUGGACAAAAUUGCUCGCUAUCCCCGUGGCUGGUACAUUGCACAGAAAUCAAAGCCCAAAUCAAAAGCAAGGAAGGUUAAAUCAGCAAAAAAUUCUGAAAAGAUCAAAAACAUACAAGUGAGGAGAUCGACAUGAAGGAGAGCAGAGAAAGUCGGUCUUCAGCUCAACCGGCUCCACACUGAGCUCUCAGUACCAGCUCUGCCUCGGUGUUUAUUGCUCCAGAAUAAAUAUCUCAAUCUUCUCAUCAAACUCCAAACUUCGUUUCAGCCAGUGGUUCAGACCAUAAAUGCACCUGCAUCUGUCGCUACCCUAUGUGAGAAGGUUUCAGGAACCAGUAACUGAGAUCAGACACACCUCAUUCAUGCUUUCUCGAAUUCUCACUGAUAUUGAUGUUUAUCAUUAAAGUAAGAGUGCUGAGUUUGAAAGAAAUUGUGUCAAUGCAAGCAUGUCCAUGUGUUUAUAGGAAGCUCUAGUGAAAUAAA